CAACGUUUAUCAGAGUCAGAAUAGUUGUUUGCGUAAAUUCAAUCAAUCUCUUCAAAAAUAUUCUGGUUUACUCGAGUUAUUCUGUUUAGUCUUGUUGAAAUACACGAAAAACCAAAGCUGAGCUUUAACUAAACAAAUAUGUUGCGCGCAUUAGUUUCGGUUAGCCAACGUGCCAAGGCUCCUCAAGCGAUGCUGCUGAUGAAGGGCAUGGAUCCUGGAUUGCUGGCACAGAUUAAGCAGCGUCAGUCCAACGUUCUGGCUCGUCAGUUAGUCCGCAGCUUUGCCAGCGGCAAUGACAGCAUCAAGGGAGCAGCCACUGGCGUCCCUCAGGGAGGCAUAAUUGGCAGCAUUGGCGGCAAUGCAACGACUAUGGGACAUGCUGCCGGCGAUGCAACUGCCUGCGGCCAGGUGCAGACUGCAACCUUUGGCAAUGCGGGCUCAGGCAACAGCGACGGCUGCAAAUCAAAUGAGGGUAACACCAAGGCAGGCACAAUUACAUCCCAAUUGCAUACAACUUCUACGCUUCCAGAGUGUGGCAACAUUGGCACUGUUGAGUCGACAGCAGCUGCUGCGCCGAAGAAAACCAAAAAGGCCAAGGCGACAGCAUCGUAUUCCAAAGAACCUACCACUGAUCGCUCAGCAUCUGGUGGCAACAUGGCCGAUGAUGCAGUGAAGCAAUUACAGGAAGUAGCUGCCAAUUUGCCCAGCAAAGCGCAGGUGGAGAAGUUUGUCUUUCGCGUCUUGGCUUUUGUUUAUGACAUCACCUAUCUAACGGGCACCUGGACCAUACGCUUUGUGGAUGAGAAGAUCUUGCGGAAUGCCACAGUCCAGUACUAUUGGAAGCGAUUCCACGAGAAAAUGGAGCAGGCCAAGAAGGACUAAAUAUUGUCAAUGGUUUUCGCAAACAACAAAUAUUCAUGAAUUAUAAGCACAUUCUAAACACGUUAAACGAAUCACAUAAAUCUCAAAUUUCAAGAUCCACUUAAUGUAUUUAAUUUGAAUUAACAUUUGCUUAGUUUUUAGAUUUGGUAUUGCUUUUGGGUCUGGCUUAAAUUCAGUAAAGUUGGUUUGAUUUCAAUCAAUUUACAAUAUUCCGCCUACAUUUGCAUAAAACAAUUCUGAUAAACCACAAAUUUUAAAAUUAAGUUUAUAUUAUUAGUUUGUCAAAUAUGCUGGUAUGAUUUUGUUACUAAAUCAAGAAAGUCUGACUACAGUCGAUACAGUAAUCAUAUAAGUAUUUGAAAUACAUAUAUGAAAUAAUUCAGAUUUAACCGCAAAUUGUAAGAUUCAUUUAAGUAUAUAUUUUAUUUGCAUUAUAUUAGCAACGGUUUUCGAAAUCAGUUUAAAAUAUUGAGGUAUUUAAAAUACACUUAUUAAUUCAGAUGAUCGCAAAUUUCAAGACCCAUUCAAAUGUAUAUAUUUUU